AUGCACUCAAAGGUGGUAAUCAUUGGAUCAGGGCCUUCUGGUUAUACGGCAAUUAUUUAUCUUGGAAGAGCAGAAUUGAAGCCAAUUCUUUAUGAAGGAAUGUUAGCUAAUGGUAUUGCACCAGGUGGACAGUUAACAACAACAACAGAUGUAGAAAAUUAUCCGGGAUUUCCUGAUGGUAUUUUGGGUCCAUCAUUAAUGGAGGCUUUUAGAAAGCAAUCAGAAAAAUAUGGAGCUCAAAUUAUAACAGAUACAGUUUCUAAGCUUGAUCUGUCAAAGCGUCCAUUUAAAUAUUGUUGCGAGUCUAAUGAAGAGGUGUUUCAUACAGCAGAUGUGGUUAUAUUAGCAACAGGUGCAUAUGCUCGAAGAUUGAAUAUCCCUGGUGAAGAGAUAUAUUGGCAGCGUGGUAUUUCUGCAUGUGCAGUUUGUGAUGGUGCAGCACCUAUUUUUCGAGGAAAGCCUCUUGCAGUUGUAGGAGGGGGGGAUUCUGCAGCAGAAGAAUCAUUAUUUUUAACAAGAUAUGCAACAAAGGUUUAUCUAUUAGUUCGAAGGGAUAAGCUAAGAGCAUCGCCAAUUAUGGCUAAACGAUUAUUACAUCAUCCUAAGAUUGAAAUUCUAUGGAAUACAGUAGCUUUGGAAUCAUUGGGAGAUAAUAACUUGAUGAACUGUGUAAAAAUUAAAAAUGUUAAAACGCAAGAAGUUUCAGAGUUACAAGUGAAUGGUCUCUUCUAUGCAAUUGGUCAUGAGCCAGCAACAACAUUAGUUAGAGGUCAAGUAGAAUGCGAUAAAGAUGGGUAUAUUAUUACAAAAAAUGGGGGACCUGAAACAAAUAUAAAGGGUUUUUUUGCAGCAGGCGAUGUUCAAGAUAAAAAAUGGAGGCAAGCAGUGACAUCUGCAGGAAGUGGAUGUAUGGCAGGACUUGCAGCUGAACGACUAUUAGCUGAAGAAGAAGAAAUGAAGAAUAUAGAAGAUAGUUAA